AUGGAUUUUAAGUCAAGAAAAAUUGUUUUGAAUAAAGGAAUCCAAUUAUUUACGGAUGGUGCUAAGAGUAAGGAUAGUGUUGGUGCUGCGUUUGUUGUUUUUUGUGAUGGUGUUGAAGUUUAUUUUGAAAAAAUUAAAUUAGGUGCGUUAUGUGAUAACUAUUAUGCGGAAUUAUUGGCAGUGAAUAGUGCAAUUAAAUAUGUUAUUAAAGAAAAGUUAGAUAAGUGUGAAUUAUAUAAUGAUAGUAUUUCAGUUUUAAAAUGCCUAAAGAACAUGAGGAAACCAUCUAUUUUGCAAAAGGAUACAUGGAAUUUGAUUAAAGAUUCAGGUAGUAAUAUUGAUUUCUUUUGGAUUAAGGGUCACUCUGGAAUCAAGGGUAAUGAAAGAGCUGAUCAGUUAGCUAAAGAAGCUUCGAUCUGUGAAGAUUUACAAAUUGAUUUAAAUGUGCUUUCUAAGAGAUCAGUGAAAAAUAGGAUUAUUAAAUUUAUGUUGAAAAAAUGGCAAGAUAGAUGGGAUAACUCAGUGACUGGGAGGUUGACUUAUCAGUUUAUAUCUAGAGUUGGUAGGGUAGAUAGAUUUUUAAAAACCGAAACUGUAGAGUUAAUUACUGGUCAUGGCAAUUUUGAGGAGUAUUUAGUAGUUUGA